GUUUUUGCCUCUGACCACGAUCGCAACGACUCACUCGCGAUGAGCUCGACGUUCGGGGUCUUUCCUGGGCUUGCUGAUUUGAGCCAGGACAUACUGCUCUACUUCUCAAAGCAAUACCUGUCUCGGCAGGAUCUGAUCGCGUUAUCGUCAGCGUGCACUGCGCUCAGAGCAAUUCUUCGCCCCCUCGUUUUCGCCUCGUGCCGUUGGGACGACGACUUGCAACCUCCCAAAAGUGUAUGGUCUCUAAUCAAACAUCUCUACGUUCACGCUGAGCGUCUUCAGGCAGCUUACGCGUCAAGGUUCUUUCUUGACCUUGACGGCCUAACCUCACUUCAUGUCGAGGGCGAUUAUAUCUCAGACGAGCUGGUGAAGAUUCUCACUUCCGCGCACAGCUUGACGACGCUGGACUUCUCCGCAUUGUGCUGCGGUAUCGGAGGCGACAUUCGCGCCCUAACACUACCCCCGCUAUCCUACUUUCCACCAUUAUCCUGCAAACCGCGGGUGGUCAAAUUCUGCUCGCGCCACCAUCCUGAUUACCUUUCUCCUCUCCGCCUCCUCGACAGAUGCAUACGCAGGACAUCCCAAGUGCGCCGCUCAUUCUCGAGUCUCCUCCAUCAGAUCGAUGUCUCUAAAGUCGAAACCCUCGAGGUCGGCAUGGAGGCUUUGAGCCUUCCCUUCGCCUCUGCGUACACCUGGAUGUCGCUGACCACACUCGUGGUCACUGGGAUCAGUCUUCAUCCCGACGACGCCUAUGAAGACUUCAAAACCGAGCUAGAGAUGCGCGCUCACGCGUACGUCCAUCUCGGAACGAUGCUCGUGACUGCGCCUCGCCUGCGCGUCCUGCGCAUGCUCUGUCGAUGCCAUAGAGGACAGCAUCCGCAUUGUACCGCAUGGCCCGCGGACGAGCCUCCGCCGCCGUCUGGUACAGCCAUACCAGAGCUCGAAGAGCUUGACAUCUGCAACCCCGCUUUCGAAGAAGGACUGUUGCGCCAGCUGCCAUCAUCCUUGCGCAAGUUAUCCCUCAUGGCCUACCCACAUAUCCUGCACAACACAUUGCCAUUGGCCUAUUAUCUACUGGCCGAGACACGCCAAAUCCGCGGCAUACGCACGGCCGAGGAGCUAAUCGACAUCCUGGAGGCGAGGCCAAUGCCUGAGUUGCGCCAGCUCCGCCUCUCGUUCCGCCUGCACGCCGACAUGAUACUCUUCGAGCGUAUCGCGACGCUCUUCCCGCUUCUUGAGGAGCUCGAGAUACACGCAGAGAUUGGCCCCGGCUGUCUCUGGACGCCUGACGAAUUGAUCGACUUCGCCCGCACACUCGCCCCUCUCGCCAACCUCCGCGUCCUCAAGGUCAGCACCUUCAACAAAGUCCUCUCCGGACCGCCCGAAGACGACGAAGACUGGUCCAUCUGCUGCGUGGGCGAGCCCGACGAGGGCGAGGACCCGGAGGAAUUCAUGGAAAUGCGCAUGCACGAAGUCCGCUACCAUCGCUGGAUGAACGGCCUCCGCACCGACGACAUCGUGCGCGCGUUCGGCCCGCUGGAGAGUGUAUCCGAGUUUUGGCUGCCGACGAUGGUGAGGACCGAUUUGCGGAGAUGGAGACGCGUAUGGCAGGUGUACAGAAUCGCGCGGGAGAAUAGCCUAGCGCGCCUUUGUUUGCAACCCGGCUUAACUGAAAUGGUCGAAGACGGCUACUGAUGCUAUGCUUCAGCUUCGGGUCGUGUCGCCCUCGUGGGGUAAUUCGACCUGUUCCAUGUGUUAACGACUUGAGUGGCGUCAACCGCGAUGAUGGGGAGGCAUUCGACACGCAUUGUAUACGAGGCCCGAUUUCCCUGUAAAAAGACAGUAGGGUAUAGUAUGUAUUUUUUCGCGCAGUAUCCAUUCCUUCAAGUCCA